UCUCUUCCCCCCGCUCCGAGUCCGACGCCCAAAUUCGAAACGCAAAAUCUUAGAUCGGGGAAAAUCUUAAGAUUAGUUCCCGCCUCAACAACCUCAAAAAUAAACCCUAAUUCUUCUCUCCUUCUCUCUCUCUCACUACUCACACGUCUGUGACUUUUUUAUAUUCUUGUUCUUCUUCUCAGCCAACGACGGAUGCCAACAUUUCAUUGAUGACUGGAGAUAGGUGCAGCUUAGUAGUGCCCAAGGAAACACGUCGUCCAUUGUGUGAUAUGACUAAUAAUGUUCCAAGCAAGAGAGGGCUUUCGUCGCUUCUUGGUGAUUUGCUUCUGAAAUCUGGUGGUGAUGAUUCUGGUAAGAACCUUGUUGUUGCUCGCGAAGGCUCCGGGGUUAAGUUUUCCAAGAGGUUGUGUUUAGUUGUUGACGACUUGGUCAAGGAGAGUACUAGGACUUGUAGUGAUACCAUUCAAGGUUCUUCUUCUGAUGAUAAUAAUAAUAAGAAUCUCCAUGUAAAAGAAUCACAGGGUGAAACCAAUGCCGUUGAUAUGGUUGUUGAGCCUCCUUCUAAAGGUGGUAAUGAUGCUGUUAAGGAGAUGUCUGACAAGGACUCGAACUUGACUGUUUGUGCCAGUCAAACUGAUGCUGUUACUGGUGAAGACUUAGCCAUGACUGUGUUAAGUAGCAGCAAUAGCAAAGAGGCGGGUGUGUUGUUGUCUAAUUCUCAGAGUAUCAAAUCGUUUAGUAUGAACAGAUGUUCCAGUGUUGACGGUAUGGGAUGUGUUAAUCAUAAUAUGGAAGCUGACGACGAGCUGAAAUCUUGCUCUUGUUCUUUUUGCCUGAAAGCUGCAUAUAUCUGGUCAGAUCUUCACUACCAGGAUAUCAAAGGUCGAUUAUCAGUGCUGAAGAAGAGCCAGAAAGAAGCUAGUGGCUUGAUCCGAAGGAAUAGUAAAGGGAAGCCAGCGGAUCCUUAUGGAUCUGAAAACUCCAAUAACUCCACAAACACAGAAAAUGUAAUGGGUCAAUGGACAUCUCUGUUUCUUAACAUGGAAGGCAUCUUGGCUCGUGAAAGCAACCACCUUCAUAAUAGCUUUGUAGCCAUGAAAGAGUUGAGAGAGAAUUGCAAGAGUGAUUUGGAGAGAGCGACGAAAACAACUCAACACAACAACAGUUAGGUACUGAUUGUUCUUUACUGGUUUGAAUGUUGUAAGACUCUUGUAACCUUAUUCCUUAUAUUUCAAGCAACUCAUGUAUGUAUUAUAACUUCUAUUGUCAUCAUUGUGAUGUUGCAUCUACGUUUAGUGUUAGACUCACUUGAUUCUUCUAGCAAAUUGUAUCUGUCCUUUGAGAGUAGGUACAAUAUUGACCUCUGUGUUUGCAUGUAUGUCUCUAUUCGAUUUCUCAUCCUUUUGUUGCU